AAUGAAGGCUCUUUUUUGUUUAGGAGUAGGAAUGUUGGUCACCUAAUAAGACAACACUGUACAUGCCUGGCUUUAUAGAGAUGAUAUUGGUGCCUUCUGGGGUAUCAAGGGUUAUGAAGAGCAGGUGACAGAAGUAGGUACUCAUAGAGGUCAUAUGUCAUGGCCAUAAUAUAGAUUUUUGGGUACUUUUGAUUCUGCAAGUGUAAGAAGAGGGUAUGAAACAUAGUGAUUCUUUAGAUUUCUUGUUUUCUCUAGAAAUUGUGGCAAUUGUCAUGGAAUAGUGUAUAAGAAAUAUGAUGUUUUAUUGGAUAAAGUCUAUAAGUAAUUAGAAUUGGCAGCUUUGGUCAGUAAUUUCACAAUUCAUCCUGCUCAUCAUCAUUUCAAGCAAUUUUACUAUUAAGAAUGGGAUGAAAGAGAUAGAUAUAUUCAUGACAGUACUCAUUCACUUUUUAUUCAUUAUUUUAGGAAUCUACCCUCCUUACUUUUCAUAAGACUAAGCUAAAAACGCUAAUGGUGGAGUUUGGCCAACAGAUUUCUCAAAAAUCAGACUCAGACCAGGAGGUGUCAAUUACAUUUACAAUAUUUUGACUGGUUACCAUUACAAGCCUUAUUAAGGAUUGGAUGUUCCUAAAGGAAAGGCAUAUAAUCCUUAUUUUGAUCAUAUGAUUAUAGGUAUGGUUAGAUAAUUACAUGAUGGUAUGAAUAAAGAUAAAAAUUUGAUUAGGUCUUGUUGAUUAUGAAGAUGGCACUCCAGCAUCUACUCCUUAAAUGGCCUUUGAUGUCACAAACUUUAUUUAAUUUGUUUAAAGAAGAAGUGGUUUCCAAAGACCAGAUAAGACUGUGAGAUAUUAUAUGUUUUUGACUGGAGUUGCUUUGAUUUAUCCUUUUGCUUAUUUAAAGACUAGAGGAUUUUAUAGAAAUAAUCUCUCUCUUAGGUAUUUAAUGAAAUAUAUGAAAUUUUAGAUGGGAAAUGUAUGCUGUCAGAGAUGGUGUUUAUUACAAUCAUUUUAAAAAAGGAUGGAAGAACUCUAGAGCUAUACAAUUUAGAGGUCAAGUUUGGGCUUGAU